GAACUUCAUACUUGCAUCCACUUUCCUUAUAAAGAUGCCAAUCCUAUAAUAUCCUAUCAAUUCAACUUGGAUUUUCUGCUAGGGCAAUGAUUUCAAUUUGUCAUCCAUUGUGGUUAGUUCAUUUCUCUAGUAAACUUAAUUCAUUGAUACUUGUUAUUUACCAAAAAACCAAAAGGAAAUAUUCAUUGAUAAAAGCUUCUUCCAAAAGCUCAGUAUUGUUUACAAUUAUCUACAGUUGCUAUUAGGAUGUCCUGCAUUUAAGCACAUGAUCUAAUCUUUUUAUCUCAUCCUUAUCAGUUGACAACUUAUCCUCCUUAACUUUAUCUUCUUUAUCUUGGAUGCAUGACUUUCAAUAUGCUCCCUCAAACUAAGCCGAUUGAUGAGGCAUAAAGAUCAAAACGGCUUUAAAGGCUUAAUAAAGAUAUCAGCAGCUUGAGAAGUAAAAGAAACAUGUCGAGUCUGCAAUAACCCAAGUGCAUCCGAUCCGGCUCAUGAACAUAAUGAUAAUCGUUUUCAACGUGCUUACUACGAGCAAGAAAAAAACAAUACUCUGCUUCAACACUAGAACAAAAAGACAUGACAUGUUUUUGUGCACGUCGAGAAAUACAAUUGCUACCCAAAAAUAUACAAAGACAUCAUUGUAGAAUGUUAAGGCAUAUAAUUCAAGGUGCGCGCGCACAUACUCUAUUCUUACCUCUAACACACAUCCAUCCAUUCAUAUUUAAGAGAAAAACCAAAUGACUUAAACAUUGGAGCUAUCCUCGCCCGACAUACCAAGGUUUAGAUGAUUCCUGCAUCUGUUCAUGCUCAAGACUAUCCCAUGCAUAUUUGGAUUGAGAUUGAACAAUACCAUUAAAUGUAGAAAUUAGAACUUGAGUGCCAAAGAAACAAUGUAAAGGACCCAAAUAGUUCAUAGCAAAUUCAGUAAGAACACUAAUAAACUAAUCCCUAUGCAUCACAUACUUUCCUUCAUGUGCAUAGGAUUGAGAAAUACAUGAUGAUCAUGGUACAUAGGAAUCAUCCAUUAAAUUAACCAUAAGGUGGUUCUAUAAACACGGAUUAUCUCCCUAUUUUUGGUAAGUCUGCAUGUAAAUUUGCUGGAUUUUUAUAGAAACAAAGUUGUCUCAUGCCGUGACAUGCACGUAAGUUGUCCUUGCAGGUGGAAAACAUUCUUGUAUCCUAUAAUCCCGUGACACGUUUACAAUUUAUGUCCCUCCUAUCCCUUUCUAUGAGCGUGUGGUUCACACGAGAAAUGGCGGGCAAGAAGGAUGGCAUUUCAUGUAAAAACCUCAACAGAGUGAGGUCAUUUCCACUCUUCUCUCUCUAAAACCCUCAUUUUCCAUUCCGUUACAACUUAACAGUUUCUUUCCCAAACGAACCCCUCUCUUUCUCUCUCUCUAAAACCUUACGCGUAAUGAUCGGACUGAGCCGCUUGACAACGGUAACAGCGUCGCCACCGCUGUACCGGCUGGCGCGGCUAGCUCUGAGCCGAUUCUACUCCGGCUGCGCCUCGGCAGCAGCUCAGCCGCAAUCCGACUACUACUACGGAGCCGAGAGCGAGCGGCUGGCGGCGGCUGCAGCAAUGGCGGAUUCGGAGGGCUCGGUGCCGAACCGAGGGGUGCAGUGGGUGUUCAUAGGGAGCCCCGGCGCCAAGAGGCACGUGUACGCCGUGAGGCUCGCGAAGCUUCUAGAAGUUCCUUACAUUUCAAUGGCUAGCUUGGUCCGUCAAGACCUCAGCCCUCGCUCUUCGCUCUACAAACAGAUUGCAAAUGCUGUCAAUCAUGGGGAACUUGUCCCAGAGGAUAUAAUAUUUGGGCUAUUGUCGAAGAGGUUGGAAGAUGGGUAUUACCGAGGCGAAAACGGGUUUAUUUUGGAUGGAAUUCCUCGUUCACCAAUCCAAGCUGAGAUCCUUGACCAACUUGCGGAGAUUGAUCUGGUUAUGAAUUUUAAAUGCACAGAGGAUUGCUUGGUGGAACACCAAGGAGAUGGUACCUGGAAAGAAAAACUCCAAGUCUAUGCAAAGCAGAGCAAGCCACUAGAAGAAUAUUACAGGAAACAGAAAAGGCUUCUUGAUUUUCAAGUUGGCAGUGCACCUGGGGAGACUUGGCGAGGGCUUUUGGCUGCAUUGCAUCUACAAUAUAUAAAUGCUGCCUGUUCUUCACAUGAACUCACCACAGGAUUCGAUUGGCUUUAGCUUAGUGCUAGGAUUAUUUUCCGUGCUAUUUUUGAGUUUACAGUAAAUAUGAGGCUUAUUACUAAGAUUCUCAUCCAUGUUAUGACUUUACUGUAAAUAUGAGUAACGUGAAUCACAUUGUUAGGCUGAAAGUCUUGUAGCAAAUGCUUUGAAAUAGUGUUGUGAGAUGACAAUCUCUUCUACUCAUGGUUUCACAAGUGUAAGCAGUUCUGAUCAUUCAAAGUGUAAGCUUACUGAGCUUCUACAAAUGACUUCUUUGUUUA